AUGUCUGGGUACAAGAUGGCCGCGUUGAUGCUUUUCAUCAUAGCUGUGACAGUUGCUGCAUAUAGCGAAACACCGCCAGCAUCGGAGGAGGGAUACGAAAUGGCAUCUUGGCCAGCUGAACUUAAAGAAAAAACUGAGCCUGACACCUAUUGGGGAAGGAACUUAUUUCUCUUCAAGCUGAUGAAACAAUUGGAAGGAGAUGAAGAGAGAUACGAAACGAAUGACGAUUUAAGCAGCGAUCAGAAAUGGUCACAACUGGCGGAACUGAAAGAGCCAGACGAGAAGAAAUGGGUAACUGCGUUGUCUACUAACCCUGGCAAGAGCACCAAGAGCCCCAAACCUCGACCACAGCCCAAGUGGAAGUCAAAGAAAGGCAGAGGUUAUCCAGUCCAAGAGUACGAUGUGGUUACUCAAGAUGACUACAUUUUGAAGCUAUUUCAUAUACCCGGUGACAGAAGUAAGCCGAUUCUAUUAAUGCAUGGAAUCAUUGAUUCGGCUGACACUUUUAUCAUAAGAGGAAACACGUCUUUAGCGGCUGCGUUGGCUGACGCCGGCUACGAUGUAUGGGUCGGAAAUAGUAGAGGCAGUAGAUAUUCCCGUCGACAUCUGCUUUUGGAUCCCAACACUGACAAGGAAUUCUGGGACUUCAGUUUCCACGAGCUCGGGUAUUAUGAUCUUCCAGCGUUGAUAGACUUCGUGCUUGAUAACACGGGCACGAAGACCCUGAAUGCAAUAGGACAUUCCCAAGGUAAUUCGAUAUUUCUAGUGCUCGGUGCAACACGACCAGAAUACAACGAAAAGAUCAAAGUAAUGAUAUCUUUAUCGCCAGUUUGUUACUUAAACAACAUAAAGAAUUCUGUUUCCCAUUUAAUGAAAUUCACACCAGUAAUUGAUCGAUUUUACACAUUCAUAGGUGAGGAUGAGUUUUUAGGCGAUGAUACAAUCCCUAUUAGAUUAUUUAGAUAUGUAUGCGGAUCAAAGAAAAGUUACAGUGUCUGUGCGAAAGGAAUAAUGUUUAGUUUAGCCGGAAGCGAUCCUGAUGAAAUGGAACUUGAUUUUUUUCCAACUGUGGUCGCGCAUUAUCCUACAGGCACGUCAAUGAAAAACGUCAUUCAUGUGUCCCAAAUCGGUAUUAAAAGAUCUUUUGCAAGAUUCAACUAUGGCUUGAAAAAUAUUGAGAUUUAUAAUUCUUCUGAUCCUCCGGAGUACGAUUUAGGAAAGGUGUCUAUGAAGAUUGCUCUCCUCGCUGGAAGGAAUGAUGAGAUAUCGAGAUUAGAAGAUGUUAAACAGUUAAUGAGUAAAUUACCGAAUGUCGUUAAAUUCACAAUCAUUAACCAUGAAAGGUUUAACCAUAUAGAUGCGGUAUGGGGCCGGAAUAUGGCUGUAUAUCUUUUUCCAAGUAUUUUCGAUAUUUUAUCGAAGUAUGGGUGA